UUUAACGUGCUUACUUUCGUAUCUCGUUUUGGUUCGUAUCUAUCUUUUUCUGCCAACAGUACCAAGAAAAGAAAAUACAAUGGUGAUGUUACAACGGCAACAAGCAAUGUCAAUGCGACGACAAUCGUCUUGUCCGGGGAUGCUCAGGAACCAGCAAUCCAACUAUAGUCACGGAGGAUCAUUUAUGUCGUGUGCCAUGGGGGAUGACGAUAACGGAAGUAUCUCCUCUGUAUCCUCUCGUCAAUCGUCUUUCAGCAGCAUGACAUCCGAUAACACCGAACAUGAAAGACGAUCACCUUCCAUUCUUCCGUCGACAUUCGGUGGCAACAUGAAUAGCAGCAGAACAAAUAGCCAAAAUUUGUAUCACCAUCAACAAGCGAAAACUCCUCGUUGGGUGCUCCUUGUCAUGUGUGGAACAAUAAUGCUUUCGUGGUUUCGCGCAGUCCAAUAUCGGACUAUCAGUUACGGGAUAUUGUCCUCGAUGGACACAGAAUUGGAGAGUAUUGAAUUCCAAAAACGGCAGAGCACGAGAUUGUGGAAGGACGCUACCGACACCAAAAACUCCUUCGCGAAGCAACAUUGGAAGCUGAAAAAGACCCAGAAGAACUUUCAACAUGAGACACGUAUGCUUGAAGAAAUGGCCGAGCUUGAGGCAGCUAGCGACAACGAUAACAUCGAAAUACCCGAAGCUGCCCGGGAAAAAUUCCAGAACCGCCGAACCGGAGACGUUGCCAAAAAAUGGAUCGAGCACCGACAGGAAGCCCUUCUGCACAAGGUUUAUAGUCUCCAGGCGUACAUUCGAGAGAAUAGCCGUCAGAGAGUCAUCGAGAAAUAUGGAUACGGUCCGCACCACGUGGUGUUCGAUGUGAAAAGCCGAGAGGGACGAAAGUCUGGAAAAUUUACAGUUAGAAUGGCUCCUCUGACUGCAGUGCCCCAUGCUGUAGAAACCUUCAUGGACAUGGUAUCUAACAAGGUAUGGGACAACACUGUCUUCUAUUAUCAUCAUUCACAAGCUCACGUUGUCGCAGCUGCGCCCGUCGUCUACGGCACCUUCCAAACAAAGGAUCACGAAUUAGAGUCCCUUGGCCACAAUGGAGUUAGUUUUCCUGAAUAUUCCCCAUCAUUUCCACACAAACAACACACCAUCGGCUUUGCUGGAUCCGGUCCCAAUUUCUACAUAAAUUCAAUAGAUAACGAGGAUCAUCAUGGUCCGGGAAGUCAGGGGCACCACGAGCUGGAAGGUGAUGCUGAUCCUUGUUUUGGAGAAGUAAUCAACGGCUUCGAUACAAUUCGGGAAAUGCAAUACGCCCGCCACAGGGGAGAUGUACCAAGGGUAUGGAGUGACUAUGAUCUAACGAGGAUCAUCAAAGCGACUCUAGUUCCUUUGAUUUAACAAUAGAAAUAAAUCUGGUCUUUAACAAGUGACUUUCAACAAACAGAACAUGAUCAGUCUGUUUUUUAAUUCCACCAUCUACUGACAUCAUGACUCGACACAGCGCGGGUGUGAAAUUAUCAUAAACAUCAAUGAAAAUUUUAUAGUGACCUCAGUCGGUGGUAUCGCAUGAAGGAUUAGGAUCAGUUGGCGCCACCGCUCCAAAUGCAAAGCGUUCACACGAAACGACGGGGUCGCUUUCGAAUUCGAGUUUCAAGCUAAACACAAACGUAUAACUGUUAUCAAUGACAUCCUUUUCAAGCUGAUAGUCUCCUCCCUGUCCAAAUUGUUUCCAAGAAUCGUCAACAUAUCUCCACAGCUUUCCAUCUGGACGAGCCAAUAGAUCCGUAGAAAACGCUUUUGCUGAUUCAACCCCGGCAAUGGUGAUGGGUAAGAUACCUGGUAUGUCAUCAGGAAUAUUGAUGUUGAAUCUUGCCUCAUCGUUCGCAUCUACGUGAAUUCGUGGAUGAUAGAGCCGCUCCAAUAUACCCCUAAACACGGUUGUUUUGAUACUAUCGCCCACAACAGCUUCCUUCAUGAUGACUUUCCAUCCAAGUUUGAAAUCUGAGUCAACGUCAGCUUCUGUCAGCCAAUUCUUGAGACGCUGUGAAUUUCCGAAGUAGUCGGCCGUUUGUCUUGGUGGUAAGAAUAGCUCUAUAUCAGCAGCUAGAAAAUCACCCUCGAGGAAUUUCGCUUCUCCUGCAGCAACUGCAGUUUUGAACUCAGAUGGCAAGCUCAACUCGAUUGAGACGGUAUCCUUCGCAGCGUUGUUUUGUCGACUCUUAAUCAGAUGAAAGGCAAAUGGCGAAACUUCUCUAUCAGUAGGAGGCCAAUCCUCCCCAUUGAGCCGGCCAUGGAAGUUUCUAACAACAAUCCCACGGUUUCCCCGUUGGUGAAUGUUAGUGGAUGGAUCAGUAAUCAUUCCAAACCAGCAGGAGUUGUUGUCGCCCUGGCCACAACCUGUGGGUGCAUCGACUUGGUAGUAGCUUGUGUAUCUGAAAUCGUUGACACCAGCAAUGACUUCAGCAAUGGGAACAACUCCCGGGACACCGUCUCGUAUAAUAGCAUUUGUUCCACCCUCGCCAUACGCAAAAAAAGGGAAUCGGAUGUAGUUGUAAUUGUCGCCUCCUAGCGUAUACAAAGCAAAUCUAGGGUAGUUGUCACCGUCAAUUUCUUUCAAGAAGCUGUAGUGGAAACUGUGCAAAUGGCGAACAAAGUCAUCAGCUGUCCAUGUACUGACAGUGCGAGAGACUGCAAUAUUUUCGUCAACAGUGAUUCCCGCAUAAGUAGCGUUGGUCAAUCGCGGGCCAUUCAUGGUAUGGAAUGUGGUGUCUUCAAUAAGAUACUGGUACAUUCCCCUUUUAUCUACGGCAUUUAAGAAAUCCCCGCCGCCAUGAUUCUCGGUCCACUGUGUGCUGUCGGGAGUACCUACACACCCUGCCCUGCCCAUCGCGCAUACCAACCAGGGGCGAGUAUCUAGGAUCAUCUGUCGGCGGUGAUGUCCGUGUGGCUCGUAAGUUAUCGAUUCACCAUUCGAACCUAUUCCAACUUCCUCCCAUAGUCCAUUCGUACCCCAACCUAAGAGCGAAAGUUGACUGUGACUAACGCCAUGCAAUGCCUUGUAAUAUUGGUACGCAACGACUAGUUGGAGAGACGUUGUCCCCGGAGGAACUCGGACAUGUGCCACACCGGUCCACCAGUAAUUGUCGUAGAGUGCAGGAUUUCUAUCCACGUGCCAAUUCUUGGACAUUUGCACAUGAAUGCCAGUGGGUUCUUUUGAAACGGGAUCUCGCAAAAUACCCGAAACACCAGUUAUACGCCUGGGAUUCUCGAUGUGGAAAUUAAGCUUAACCUUCUUC